AGUCUUCCUGCGAGCAGAUAAGAAUCGCAGAUAAUCGCGAUGGCUGACUGCCUUGCUCACCAGAAGAACGAUUCCCUGUUUAACUCUGCAUGUUGUCCCAUCAAAGACUGAGCUGCAGCAUUAAGUGAGAAUUGAAUUGGGAGUUGCACAAUAAUGAAUCCCCAGUUUCUAACGACGCUCUAAAUCCACGAUGAGUCAGCGUUGCUCUGACUGACCACUAAACUCUAUUUGUUUAAAAAACUGAAAAUUUUAAAUUUUUAAAUGCAAGUUUAAUGUACAGUAAGUACGGCAGUCUCGGUUAAAUGCGUUACCGCCGUUUGCCCACACGAGGGCGCUGUUCAGCGGUGGACGAAUGAAGAGCAACGCCUGGUAACGCGUGUCCUGUCACAGUCAUGCUUUUACUCCCGUCUCUGUUCAGGUCAUUAUUAAUGAGACCACUGUGUGCGUUUCUGCCCGCUUCUAGUCCAGUCUCCUCCCAGUGACGUUCGGUAGCAGAUAAUGAAGCUGCUGAUGAUCAGUGUCUGACUUUGUUCCUCGUACAGUAAGUCAACUUUUACUGAAACUUCACAACUGCAGGGAAUGUUUGCAGUGUUUUUUUUUGGGCUGGUGCAGAAACUGAAAAACAGUCUGCGCUAUAAACUACCAUGAAACAUUGUGAAUCUCUACUGACCCUGGUUUGCAUCACAUUACUUCCCGCAGCCUCAGAGGCCUCGCCUGUGACUGGACACGUUGGAGGUGAUGUCAUCCUGCCAUGUGAGAAGGAGGAUCCAAAUAUCAAAAUCAGUCAAGUUCAGUGGGAUCACAUGAAUCCAAAAUCGAAUCACAGCUACAGAAUUUUAGUUUUUAAUCCCAAUCUUGGACUGAACAUUUCUAAAUCACCUCUGAGGGACAGGGUGGAGAUCAGUGGAUUUUCACUCAGGAUUAAAAAUGUCACAAUGACGGAUGAAGGCACCUACACCUGCAGAGUUACAGCCUAUCCUACUGGUGUCUUUCACAGAACGAUCAACCUCAUUGUUCGAGCUCAGAGCUUCCAGCCGUCGUCAGCCGUGAUCCACUCGACGGUCGCUGUGGUGCUGCUGGUAGCGGUCCUGGCAGCCAUAGCUUACCUCACCUUCAUCAGAUGUGGUUCCUCAGUCAGACGUUGCGCCGCUAAUCCCAGGAGUGCGGCCGUGGACGCCCCCAGGCGCGAGGACGUGGUUUACUCUCAAGUCAAGCUGAAAACUCCCAGAGGUUCCGCAUCUCCAUCCAGACACCAACACGCAGGCGCCGUGAGCCAGGACGUCACCUACGCAGGGCUCGUGUUUCAGCACCAGCGGCCCACGUAGCUGCAACAACACUGUGUUACACAGAAGGUCCAUGGUCCGACCGCGGCUCUGUUAAGUGUCAGGUUCAAACCUGAGGGUUCUGCUGUCAUGGACCUGCUUGAGAACAACAGCUCAGGGAGCCAGUUUCAGGGAACUGUUUAAGUCCAGUUGUGACCGGGUCUUUCGUACCCCAUACGUUCCUGCGUUGGGCCCGUUUUGCAGCGUGUGGCUGGUCACUGCUGAUGUCUGCCCUCUGUCCAUACUGUAGUAACGAUGCAUAUCAUUACUGGUAGCUGCUAAUAGUCACUGUCUGACAGCAUUUUCUGGAAGCGAUCGUGGGUGGUGUUGUCUUUUAUUAGCUUUUUGUGUUUUUCCUUUAAAUUCAGCUUGUUUAAAAGUUCACAGUGAACCUUAAUGGUUGAUGAAGAAAUGUGGGAGUGGACAGAGGUCACCGAAUGCUUUGUUUGUUAAUAAAGUUCUGCAUUUUUACAUCAAAUUCGUUGUAUUUCAGAGAAAAGUUUUCUUGUUGCAGGAAAGUUAAACACUCAUAACAACAACAAAUCUUUACAGCACCAACUGUUUGCUUUUCCCUGUUUCUUGUGAACCAUCGCAUUGAUACACCUUUUCCUCUGUUAAUCCUGGUUGUGCAGUAAGUUCUUUCUGGCUCAGGGAGUUCUACGUUACGGUGCAACUAGUUCUUAUUUUCACUAUUUAUUUUACUGAUUAAACAAAACCUGAAUUGUGAUAAAAUAAGCAACAGACAUUUGCAACUCUGCAAAUCUGAAUCUGGUGUUGAAAACUGAGCGACAGCAGAAUUUGAGCUUCCCCUAUUUUAUCAACCCAGACCAGCUUCACAGACAGGGGAACCUGUGCUACUUUUACUUACAGACCAACGUUUUUAUAACCGUCAUGUUCCUGUUCCUUUUUUUGUCUUCUUUUUUCAGUCCUCUGUUACCUCUGUGCAAAUUCUGAGUUUCCUGUACAUGCAUUUACAAUCAGUUGUUGUUUUAUAUUCUACUGUAAGUAAAAGUAAAGUUUACCGAUUUGAAAUUUAUUUUUCUGAAAGUAAGGAAUUCUCAAAGCAUUCAUUAAGCAUCAGCUUGAGUUCAUCGUUAUUGGAUUUGUGAGUUAUUUAAAAAAGCAUUCACCAACAUCAUACUGAUCUGUUAGUUUUAAAGCCUGUUGUUGCCCAUUAUUACAACAGAUUUUAACUGUAUAAAAAGGUGUGAAGCCUAAACUAAUAACGCUGCCUUGCUUUACGCAGACAUGAGGAUGACGCAGUGUCUGCAGGUGGUUUCUUUCCAUUUUUUCUAAAUAUUGCAUGCAUUUCUAAUUUAUUUCACUUCCCACUAUUACUGUUUUUUUUUUAUAUGAAACAGGUGUUUCUGUGAGACGACUAUAAACUAGACGAGGAGACGUGAGAGGUGGGAGCUGCCUCCAGAUUACUCUGUCACAUUUUUGAUUAGUUUUUUGUGUUGUGUUGUCACAGAUCUAUUUGUUUCAAUGUGUCGUGAAUAAUAAUAAUAAAUUAGUCUCCUCCUCUUCACAAAUUGUUUCUAUUAAAUACGCUGAAAGAAUUAAUCAUCAGUCUGCUGUCCUGAGCUGUAUUUAUUAAUAGAUCAGCUACUGAUGAAUAUGCGUCAUUGACGCUUCCUGUCGUGAUAAACAGUCAUGAUAAACAGAUAAACAGCAGACUGACUUCCCCUGUCUGGGCAUAUCAUAGUAAAAACAUACCUUUGCAUGCAUCAACAAUAAAGUGACCAUGCAUUUGCUCUUUACAUAGUCAAUAGGUCCUAAAGGGAAACUCACGUGGGAAAGUGGAGAACGUUCACAUCGAUGGCAGCCGAC